GGAGCUGGAAUGGUGAGGACAGAUUUUGCUCCAUUGUAUUAGAGCCAUUAUUUUGUAUAUUAGAGACGUGUAAACCGGGGGCUCCAUUGUGAAAACACAGGGAGACGAAAGCAGCCGAGAGACCACAGGGACUGGACAUUGUGGAUUGCCCCGGGUGAAGCUGCGUUGAAGACUUCCCUAGGAGUGGAGCUGAGCUUUUGGAGUUAGUUUCUGCGCCGGGGGACCCGAGCUUUGGAAGGAAAGGGCAGGGAGAGUCUGUGAUCCUCUAUGUCUAACAAAGAGGUGAGCAACAGCAGAAUGAGUUCCAAGCGGACGGUCCGCUCCUAUUCCGCCAACGGCCGCUAUUCUCUGGACAUCAAAGAGGAAGAUGAGCCUCCUGCCAGGGGGGAGGCCAGUCGUAACUACUUCCUCAAUGUUCGACCUGAGAACAGGCAAACGUUUUGUAACAUCAUCGCUCAGAUAACUGAGGAGACCCAGCCUGGAUUUGAAACCACAUUGAAGUCCCAUGCGGUAUCUGAGGAUACUGAUGUCAAGUUUACAUGCACAGUUACAGGUCACCCAGCACCAGAGAUCACUUGGUACAAAGACGACAAGGAGAUGGAUCGAUACUGCGGCCUUCCCAAAUAUCAAAUAUUCCACUAUGGAAGAAAGCAUUCACUUCACCUGUAUAAGUGUACAGAAGAUGAUGCAGCCAUUUACCAAGCUUCAGCCCGCAACAGCAAGGGUAUCGUGUCCUGCUCUGGCAUCCUGGAGGUUGGCCAAAUGAAUGAAUAUAAGAUCCACCAGCGAUGGUUCGGCCGACUGAAGCAGAAAGCGAACAGCAAGAGGCGCGAGCUGGAGGAGUCACGGACCAGGGGGAAGGAGAACGUGGCGUUUGCGGCCAACGCUCCGUACCACGACCUUCUGAGGACGGUGAGCCCAGAGAGGGCCCAGAGGAAGCGGAAAUCUCAGGGAGUGGAUGGCAUCGAGUCACCCGACUCUCUGAGGAACAGCGAAGAGGUGGUCAAAGUCCGCAUUCCCCAUCACGAAGCGGCUUCGCACGCAAACAUGGCGGAUGAGCCAAGGGGGGGUGCGACGAGCAAGCCCCCACCACCUUCAGCGCCCGAGAUUCAGAACAGCUACUUGAGGGGUCCCCAAGGGAAACCACCUGUGAGUAAUUCAGUGGAGGAACCGAUGGAAAACGGCAUCUCCUUCCUCAGUUAUUCCGAUCAAGCGACUAACCGUGUGGUACCUCAACCCAGAGGAAAGGAGUUUGCAGCGCACAAGAAGAAGAGGAGGCUCUCGAAGGAAGAGGGUGAGGCACUGUUGGUUGGAAAAGCCGAAGGAAGCUCAUGGAGAGAUGAAAGUGCCCAGAAUGGGAUUGAUGGGAACGAGGGCCUCCUGGAAAAUUUGAGAGGGAACGCGUUACAUGGCGACCCCCAACCCGUUAAAUCCAGAGAUCGCAUGGAGAUCGAUGAGCAGGCUUCAUCAUUGACUGUAGGCCAGUGGCAGCCCUCACCUGCGAUAGGGCCUUCAAGCCCAGCCACUGAGGACACUGAAGUGACUCAUUCCACUGAGGAUGCAACAUUAGCCCUUGACCAAGAGCCAGUGUAUUCCAAUCUCCAAACACCCGUCCGAGAUAUGUAUUUCUCUGUGAAAGAUAUGUUCUUUGAAACCAUUCAGGAACCUGACCUACCACCACAACUACCUCAGGCCAAGGAGACUGUGGGCCAAGCUAGUGCCCAGGAGCAGAUUAACCCUCAGGAGGUAGGUUCUAUUCACAGAGUUGGCCUUCCGCCCUUAGUUGACGUGAUGCUGAGCGAUGACCCCGACCAAGCUGAGGAAUCCGAAGACAUAGGAACACCCAGGAUUGAGAUGGAUAUCGAGGCACCCUGCCUCCCUUCCGAAGUCCAAACUCAAAGCGCACCUGACAAUGACGUAGCCAACAGCACGUGGCAGUCCUCUGGAGGUAGGGAGUCCAGCCACAGCAGGGACUCCCUGAAUGGUGGUCCACCUCACGUGGACCCAUCCAAGGCUCAAGAUGGCUCCUUUUCACCCCCCUGCGUUUCUGAGGCCGUAGUGCCACCUGCUGCUCAGCCCUUGUACCCGUUGGCAGACAUCAUUCACCCCGAGGAGAGGGGAAAGGCGUCGCCUUCACCUCCAACGGCGCAGUCUGAACCCGUGGCUGAAGGCCUGAAGCCGGCAUCACCACGGCAACAGCCAGCAUCAGGCGUGCUUGCUGAGGCUGCAGAGUGUAAGGAGCAGACACAGUAUGACAUCUCGCCUGUUUCAGAGAGUACUGGUGGUAGUGUUUGUUCCUUAAACAGCGAGUGGGAGAAAUUAGAUUUCCUGAGCACCUCUGAGCCCGCAGACAUCUCAGAUGAGCCCCGCACGCCCGAGACCACGACGUCGGAAGGCACACAGCCGGAACUGAGAGAUUCCACCGAUGAGGAUGUGUACCUGCCCCCGAACGAUGUGGAAGCCCUGUCGACUGUAGAAAGGAGCAAUCAGCUCAUUCAGCCCAUCUGCCAGCACGUUCUGGCCCUUCAGACAGCUGCUGAGGCAGUGGAGCUCACCGGUGCUGCUCCUGUAGGCGAUCAGCUCCCAGUGCUGCACGUGCCUGGGCCUAGCAGUGCUGUGGGUAGCGUGGACUCUGAAGAGAGCCAGCCAGUCAUCCCAGUGCCACUUGUGGGAGGAAUCCUUACUGAUGUAGCAUUGCAGUUAGUUCAGGUUCAUGCUGCUGAGGCCACCACCUCGACAGACAGUAACCCACCUGAGGACACCAUUGCCGAGGGCAGUGUUGAGUUUCUGAAGGUUGAUCAUGUGGAGGAAGCAGCAGCUGAAGAGCACGUGCGUCCCAGUGUCCCCUCCGACAGUUUCGGCGCCCACUUGGUCGAAAUGUUCCUAGCCUACUUAAAGAUUCCCAGAUUCCUUUUGGGUGACAAGCCCCCUCCCGGCGAUGUUGACAAACCAGCGGCAAUGCCAGAUGCCCCAGAGAUUGUGGAUGGGAGCUUAUGGACCGAAGGUCCCAGUGGCCUGGGUGUUACCAUCCCGAAUGAGGCACACCCUCUGGAGCCAUUGUUAGAGCAAGACAUUGUCUGUCCUCUGCCAAUCGUUCCUGACGUUUGCCAGGUUUAUGAAGGGCACGUGUCUGCUGGACCUCAGGCAGGGACAGAUGGUGGCUGUGCCACACUGUUACCCAACGCUGAGCAAGAGUUAAGUCCAGAACCGACAUCCCCCAGCGAACCUCCCACAGAGAUGGGCGCUAAUCCUGACCUCUUUGCCGUCAUGCCACCAAGCACUCCCGAACCCAACCACCCCACUGCCCUCCUGGGCACACCAUCAUCUCUACCCCUGAGAAAUUCCAUGACAGAGGAGCCUUUAGCAGAGCUGGGCCUUAUCUGUACGGAGCUGAAUUUGACUGAGACGCCAAAAGAUCUCAAAGCCGCAGGUACGUUUCCUUUUCUGGAUGUCAGCAGGCUUGAUGAUGCUGAGGAAGGGCAAGGUGUGACUGGUUUAUCAUCCACUGAAGGUGAACCUGCCAAAAAUGCAGCUCCACAUCCAGAGGGAGUGGCAGGAGAGAGGAGUGUGUUGGAGAUCGAUCCUGGACAUGGAAGUAAUCUCUUAGAAGUGUUGUGCAUUCCAGAUGGUGAAGUGAUACCUGUUCCAAAACCAGUAGCAGCAAGUACUGACGGUGUAACGUCAAAAGGUGAUGCACAGAGCACAAAAAGUGUCUCCAAUACCAAUGUGCCCGAAAUUAGCCAAGUGCCAUCCAUCGUAGUGGACACUAAGAUCUUUAAGGAUGAGGCAGCAGCAAAGAUUGAGGAUGAAGAGACCCUCCAGAAGGACGAGACGUCAGCGCCCCUCCUGCCAGCCUCGAGCCCCAGGAUGACACUCAGUGACAGCACCUCCACUAUCCCAUCAGCCACUCCGGCAGAGCUGGCCGCUGGCGCCCGUCGCAAAAUCUUCCUGCCCCGCUCCAAGAUGCCGGACGAGGCCGAAGGAGGAGGCCUCACCGCUGUCCCCUCUCCAUCGCAGCCAAAGAAGGAGGAGGGAGCAAAGCGAAUCCAACAGGGAGGCACAGAUCACCUGGACGAGGGGCCGAGCCCAUUCCUGUUGGCGCCCAAGAAGAGCGGGGCCCUCCUGCAGGCCCCUGCUGCCACCCAGCAGGCAGCACCAAUGGAGCGACGCUCGCCAACAACACCACGCAAAAUGGCCACCCUCGAAGUGCCCAGGUUUCAUGGUGAAGCCGAGGAUCAAAAUGGGAGUUCCCUGACAUCCAAAAGGAUGAUGACCAAAGACACCAAAGCUGGCUUGGUUAAAAGUGAGGUGAAAACUGAAGAGGGCAAACCAACAAAGAAUAUCUUUAAAGCUCCCCAGGUGAUCCGGAAGAUCAGAGUGGAGCAAUAUUCUGACGCCACUGGGAAUCUCAAACUCUGGUGCCAAUUCUUCAACAUCCUGAGCGACUCCACCAUAAUGUGGCAAAAAGAUGGCGUUCACUUGGACAAGUUGAAACACAGCGCUGGGGAUGAGAGCCAAGUGUCUCUGGCAAUUGUACAGGCCUCAGUGAAGGACCAAGGGGUGUACAGGUGUGUCGUGGAGAACGAGUACGGCUCUGAUGCCACCGAUUUCUACCUCAGCAGUGAGGUAUUGUCGGGAUUUAAUUCGAGGGAGGAAAUUGAAGUGGGCGAAGAGAUUGAGAUGACGCCUAUGUUGAUCACCAAGGGUCUCACUGAUGCAGGGUUCUGGGGUAACAAGCUCUUUGGCAGGAUAAUGAUGAAGGAGCUGCGCUUUGGCGAUGGGGUUUGUCGUAAAGCCAGCAGGGUAAAGGUCAUCUAUGGGUUGGAGCCAAUAUUUGAGUCCGGAGCCACGUGCAUUAUCAAAGUGCAGAACUGCAUUUCUUACGGGACCAAAAACGAAAAUAGCCUUAUUGCAAGAAACCAUGACAUCACCAUGCAGGAAUGUAAGCUUCAGAACACAGCGAGAGAAUACAGUAAAAUAUUUGCAGCGGAGGCUCGUGCAGUUGAAACCUUUGGCCCAGUACCAGAGGUAAUUCCAUUGCACUUACUAUAUCGCCCUGCCAACAAUAUUCCUUACGCGACCAUAGAGAAAGAUCUGAAUGGGCCAUUCACAAGGUACUCCAUGGAAGACAGGAGCAGGAACCUUUCACAGUCUGAGAUUGCGCAGAAGUGUCACACUUUUCAACACUGGAUUUACCAAUGGACGAAUGGCAGUUUGCUCAUUACUGACCUACAAGGAGUGGGACUGAAUCUGACUGAUGUGCAGAUCGCAACAACUUCCAAAGGGUAUCAGGGCCUGACAGGAAACAGUCCUUCCUCAGCUAUUGAAGAGUUUGUUGCUGCCCAUCAGUGUAACUGUUACUGUGAGGCACUUGGACUAAAGGCCGUCGAUAGCCUUCAACCUGCUAAGCCGAAAGGAUCGAAGAGCCCAUUGAUGACUCGGAAGGCGCACUCUGCUCAAUCUAGCCCUCAAAUCCAGAGGAAGGGUCCGUCCAGCCCUCUGGUCCAAAGGAAGGACCCUCCAUCCAGUCCACGGGUGCAACGGAAAGUCCCUUCCAGCCCACAGUUGUCUCAAAAGAGCGCAACCAGCCCCGGUGUUACUCGCAGAGCAGGCAACACGGAGGACAGUCAUGAGCAGGCAGUGAGGCACAAAACUGUGGAGAUCCCCAAGUCUGUCAAACUGCGGUAAACAUAUGGGAUCGGCCAGACCACCGCAGGGUUACCAAGCACUUCCCUUAACAUAUCGGCAAGCAGUCGUUUAAUGCGGAAAGAUUUGAGUCAAAUGAGGGAUAUGAGAAACCCAAUGAAAGUGAAAUGUCACCGGCAAUAACGACCCCCUUCCCAGUGCUGAACAUCCACAGGAAGAGUUUCCGGUUUGAAAUGAUGAGCCAGAUGUUGGAGGGAGGGGGAGGGGUGGGAGACAUUGGUUUAGAAGCAUCAUUGAGUGCCAUGAACCUGAAGUGAUUUAAUAUGCAUCAGGAAACCCUUGAGGCUUGCGAUUAAAUGCGCGGCCUGCAGUUUUCUUUUCAAACUGUUCUCUUUAGUAUAUAAUGGGUAGAGGUUUGUCCCAGGUAGUGGUGUAAAAUAGGUUGUAAAUCAGCAGUUGGUAUUCAAUUCCAUUGCAAUUCAGUGGGAUUAAAUACCGAGGAGCCCAGCACCCAAGACAGAAAUCUAGACCGUAUAGUACGGUUUAUUUGUGUGAAUGUGUGUGUGUGUGUGUGUGCGUUUCUUUUAAAAUUGGCUUUUGAGUUUAUGGCAGUGAUUGGGUUCUGCUUCAGGCAUGCUGAGGGGUUUAGACCUAACAGUGACUCAGACCUUAAAGCUACACUGCAUUUCAUGAAAGGUACUUUGGUAUUUUAGGAGUAAUUUCUUGUUCCAGUAGCAGAUUACGGGUAAGUAAACAGUUCGGUGUGCAUUAUAAAAACCGAAAGAACUGUGGAUGCUGUAAAUCAGGAACAAAAACAGAAGUUGCUGGGAAAGCUCAGCAGGCCUGGUAGCAUCUGUGAAAAGAAAAAUCGCAGGUAACAU